CACCAAGGGAAUUAAAAUUAUGGAGCCGCAUCUAGUCAGCAGCUCGAAUUUAUUAUUGGCCGAAGUUAAUGGUACUAAAAAAAAUGAUGCGUACACAACAAACACCACAGCUACGAAAUACAAUGAUAAUGAUGGUAAUAAACCUAAAAUAGUGUGGUUCAACGCGUUUGUGUUUUUAGUUCUGCAUUUGAUAGCUUUAUAUGGAUUAUGGUUAAGUUUAACGUUGCAAGUUUCAUGGAAAACAACACUUUGGAGUUUCCUUUAUCUGUCUUUUGCAAGUGUUGGAGUAACUGGGGGAGCCCAUCGUCUCUGGUCGCACAGAUCUUACAAAGCAAAACUCCCAUUGAGGAUAUUUCUGAUGCUGGGUCAAACGGCAUCUCUACAAAAUGACAUUCACGAAUGGGUGAGGGAUCACAGGGUUCAUCACAAAUUUACUGAUACGAACGCAGAUCCGCACAAUUCUUCGAGAGGUUUUUUUUUCUGUCACGUGGGUUGGUUGAUGAUGAAGAAGCAUGAGGAUGUGAAAAUCAAAGGGAAAACUAUUGAUAUGAGCGAUGUUGCGGCGGAUCCUGUAGUUCAGUGGCAACGAAAAUACUACAUACCGUUGGUUAUCUUAUUAACUUUCGUAAUACCAACUUUCAUUCCUUGGUAUUUUUGGGGAGAAGCUGCCAUUAAGUCUUUCUACGUGUGUAUUUGUCGAUUUGUACUACAAUUGAAUGGAACGUGGGCUGUGAAUAGCGCUGCUCACUUAUGGGGAUACAAACCCUAUGAUCAAACAAUAAAUCCAGUUGAAAAUAAAUACGUGUCUGUCAUUGGUUUCGGUGAAGGUUGGCACAACUACCAUCACACUUUUCCUUGGGACUACAAAGCAGCCGAACUCGGAAAUUAUAGCUUGAAUUGGACUACUGGUUUAUUGGAUUUGAUGGCUUACUUAGGUCAAGCAUAUGAUUUACGUACUGUCUCCGAAGAUUUAAUAAGAAAACGAGCGAAUAGAACCGGCGACGGAUCAUGGAAAGACGGAAAAAUCGAUCUCAAGGCUAUCGAUAAAAAGAAAAAUGACACCAAGCGCUCACAAGAGGAGUAUGUUUGGGGUUGGGACGAUAAAGAUAUGAAAGAUGAGGAUAAAAAACAUGCUCAUGUCUUCAAUAAAGAAAAUUAGUGUAAAAACAGUAAAAAUUCCUUUUUUAUA